UGAUGUACAGAUCAUCACUUGCUCCUCUCUACUCUAAUGUGCGUGUACUAGGAUGCAUCAUCCCUUAUUCCGCUCGUCAACCAGGUUUUUUCCCCUUCGAUUCUACACCAAAGACGCCAUCACUGUGGAGGUCUACAAUCCGAAGUCGUUUACAAUACCGGCGAUGGAAUGGUGAACUACGUCUGUCUUGAUUCUUCCCAGAAAGUAACUCACUCGUCUCUUCUUGAUAUCGCGUCAAAUGGGAUGUUGCUAUUCGGAAUGCCCUCAUCUAUAGUACUUGCUGCGUCCCGAUACGGCAUGGUCGUUGUGGCUAUUGCAAACUUUGCUGAAUGGCACUGCAUGAGUCUACUAGCUCUAUACAAUGCUAUCUUGGGCGCGCCCAGGGCUUGGCGGACCAAGCUACGUAACCUACAAGCCAAUAAACACCACUGCAUAGCUUUCAGUUCCGUCACCAGCACCUCUCUUGGCUCUGCGAUGAGUACGUUUUCGCCGCGCAGACCGGGGACUCUGGGUGAACUUAUUCUAUUCGCAAUCUGGUCCUGUUACGGCUUUUGAGCUUUAGACGGGUCCUUGCAAAGUCGAUCAUACGAACGCUUAUCGAGCGGGAGGAGCAGAGGGAAAGAUACAUACCCUGAAGAUAAGAAGAAUGUAAAGUAGUGACGCAGUAGCCUCACCUGUUGCCGACAAACAAACAUCGCCAUAAUCCGAUGUAUCAAACCUAAAAGCGUCGGAUAAUACCGCAGUCAAACUU